ACAGCCCAAUAUCUACAAUUAUAGCCCAUGACAGCCCAACCCAUCGAUCGCUAAACAAGAAAAGAAGUAAUACAUAACAAUCGAUGAAAGAAAAAGCAACGAGCUUGGUCAAUACUCGAUGGAGACCUGGAUUUCGCAUUGGGAUUAUUUGGUGUUAUUGAUUCUGCGUCCGAUUCUCGCUAUUUCCUUCGUCUUCUUGGUCAUAUCUCUGGGGUGGUUAUUGGCAUGGAAGCUGGUGCUGGUGCAUGUACCUCUAGUGCAAGAGAUAUUUGGUUUGCGUAAAAAGCCUUUUAAGCCUAAACCUAUGACUCGUCGAAUAUCCAGAUACUAUAACUCCAUUAAUGCUCGUAAUUCUGAAUCUCGGUGAUAUACUAUUGCUUUUGUUAUUGUCUGCGUGUAUUUAGUAAUGAUCUGGUUUUAGUUGUUUGAGUUGGUAUUUGUGUGUUCAGUUAUCUCUGUUGAAGAUAUUGCUGUUAAAGGAUUAGACUUUCUUGGUAUUAUUAUUAUUAUUAUUAUUAUUAUUUCUUUUUUGGAGAAGAAGAGUGAGUUCGAUCUGUCAGUCUAAAUUUGAUUAGGGUUUUACUAACCAUCAUUUGAAGUUUUGAAUCAUUGGAUUAGUCUUUCUGGGGCAAAGUGACCCUUGGUGGCAUGUGCUCGUUCAACUUUCGAUGGCAUCUUAGUGUACGAUUGAGUGAUGGAAAUAACUGAUAACUGUUCCUAGAUGAUGAUAUCUCAUGGUAGCAUUUGCAGCAGUGCAGAAUGAACAUAUCCGCAUCGGCAGGAGAUUAAAAUUCUCGAAUUCUUAAUGGAGACGCAAAGGGGGUUAAUGAUGGACCAAAAUCCCUAUCCAUUGUUGGGUCCCAAGAAAGAAAUCAAGACCCAGGUCUAAAAAGAUACAGAAUAUGAUGCGUGUAUAUAUUGUUCACUUUCAGAAACUGUUGUAUGGCUGGGAAUUCUCUGGUCUCAAAUUUCAUAUAAUAGAAAUGCUAAUUUAUUUCAA